AUGGCGUCAGCUCUGCCGUACGUGCCUGUGGGCUACGGCACCAGCAUCGUGACCAGCAGCCCCCUGGUCCUCAACGCAUCAAGAUGCACAGGUGGCACCUACGGCGUCAGCUCUGCUGUCUACGGCCCAACUGACAACAGCAACACCUGCCAGAGCUGCCCCAGCGGGAUGACCACACAGGACACCAACCCUGCGUACUCGGGGGCACAGCAAGCCGCCGUCAUCAACAACGGCUCGGGCUCCUGUGUCAACAGCGCUGGCUAUGGGUACAAUUCCACAUCAGGCCUGGCUUACCUGUGCGCUGCCAACACCUACAGCCCUGGCUACACUCAGACGGCCUGCAGCAGCUGUGGCACUGGGCUGCUGACAGCCAGUACUGGGUCAACGAGCUACAGCAGCUGCUACGUGCCCGUGGGCUACGGCACCAGCAUUGUGACCAGCAGCCCCCUGGUCCUCAACGCAUCAAGAUGCACAGGUGGCACUUACGGCGUCAGUUCAGCUGUCUACGGCCCAGCUGACAACAGCAACACCUGCCAGAGCUGCCCCAGCGGCACAACAACACAGGACACCAACCCUGCGUACUCGGGGGCACAGCAAGCCGCCGUCAUCAACGGCGGAUCUGGCUCCUGUGUCAACAGCGCUGGCUAUGGGUACAACUCCACAUCAGGCCUCGCGUACCUUUGUGGUGUUGGCACGUACAGUGCUGGCUACACUCAGACGGCCUGCAGGAGCUGUGGCACUGGGCUGCUGACAGCCAGUACUGGGUCAACGAGCUACAGCAAUUGCUACGUGCCCAUUGGCUAUGGCACGAGCAUCGUGACAAGCAGUCCCCUGGUUCUGAGUGCAUCAAGAUGCACAGGUGGGACCUAUGGCGUCAGCUCUGCUGUCUACGGCCCAACAGACAACAGCAACACCUGCCAGAGCUGCCCCAGCGGCACAACAACACAGGACACCAACCCUGCGUACUCGGGGGCACAGCAAGCCGCCGUCAUCAACAACGGCUCGGGCUCCUGCGUCAACAGCGCUGGCUAUGGGUACAACUCCACAUCAGGCCUGGCGUACCUUUGCGCUGUUGGCACGUACAGCGCUGGCUACACACAGGCCGCCUGCAGCAGUUGCGGCACUGGGCUGCUGACGAACAGCACCGGGUCAACGAGCUACAGCAGCUGCUACGUGCCCGCGGGCUACGGCACCAGCAUUGUGACCAGCAGCCCCCUGGUCCUCAGCGCAUCAAGAUGCACAGACAACACCAACACCUGCAAGAGCUGCCCCAGCGGCACGACAACACAGGACACCAACCCUGCGUACUCGGGGGCGCAGCAAGCGGCUGUCAUCAACAACGGCUUGGGCUCCUGUGUCAACAGCGCCGGCUACGGGUACAACUCCACGUCAGGCCUGGCUUACCUGUGCGCUGUAAACACUUACAGCCCUGGUUACACACAGGCGGCCUGCAGCAGCUGCGGCACUGGGCUGCUGACAGCCAGCACCGGGUCAACGAGCUACAGCAGCUGCUACGUUCCUGUGGGCUACGGCACCAGCAUUGUCACCAGCAGCCCCCUGGUCGUCAACGCGUCACGCUGCACAGGUGGCACCUAUGGCGUCAGCUCUGCUGUCUACGGCCCCACUGACAACAGCAACGCCUGCCAGAGCUGCCCAAGCGGUAUGACCACGCAGGACACCAACCCUGCGUACUCAGCGGGGCAGAAAGCCGCCGUCAUCAACAAUGGCUUGGGCUCCUGCGUCAACAGCGCCGGCUAUGGGUACAACUCCACUGUCCAGCAGCUGUAUGUUGCAUGCGUGCGCUGA